CACGCUCUGAUGACGCAAUAAGCACACUGCGCAUGCUCACAUUCCCGGGCUGGGCAGUGAUUUUUUUUCUUUGUGUUGAAGCGGGUCUGGAGCGGUGGAUUGUCCACGGGAUCCGGAUCGGGAGAGGGUCCUCGCCCCCUCGGGCGGCGAGCCGGGGGGGCCGGUCGGAUCAUUCUCUGCGGAGCGGGACCGACAAGAUCCAUGCGGGUUACAGGAGGAAGGCAGGAUUUUGGUGUUGGAAUGAAAUCAGCCAUGGUUGAAUGAUGAGGCAGACCAGAUGGAUCAAAUCACAUAAUUCUGUUCCUGACUGAAUGAUGGCUCCUUCUUAUCCCAUAUUGUUUUGUGACGUGUGAGGAACAAUUACAGAUUUGUUCACUCAGAUCAUUAUAUUUGUCUUCAAUGUUUAAAUUUCACUAGAUCUGCAGUGAGAGAUUUAUUGGAAGAAAAGCCCACAACUGGAAGCAAACCACAACUGAAGACGAGGGAACAGCAACAAGUGAACCAGCCCGAGGACUGAGAGCACCGACUGGAGAGAACCCAUCUGACUCAGGGUUUCCAUUGAUUCAGUCAGGAGAAAGUUUGAGCAGCAAAAACUGAAAACUCCUGUCCACAGAAUGGAUCAAGGUUCGAGCAGUGGAGGAGUUCCAGUGGCGUCAACAUCAGGAAAGGACACGGGUCCGAGCUCAGUGAUCACCGAGCUCCUGUCAAACUGGGACGAUUCCCAGCUGCUGCGGUUGACGGAUAUCUACCGGGACAGGCUGGAGCAGGCGAUGGAAGGAGGGGUGCACGGAGUGAGCCUGGUGUUAACGGCCGAGAAUCAGUUCAACGGAGAGGAACAUCGGAAAAUCUCUGAUCUCGCUGAUAAGGGAGAGCGGGCGGACAGUUCUAAACUCCUCCUGAGCCUGGUGAUGGAGAAAGGCUCCCGCGCCCGGAGGGUGAUGUGGGAAACCUUUGUGAAAAUGCGGAUUGGUGUCCCAAAGCUGGACAGAAUACUGAAGGAAUUACAGAUAUAUGGUUGUGAUCCUUCCCAUCGACCAAUUUCCACUCAACUUUUACUAAAGGUUCUCAGUGAGCUGAAAGAUGCUCAACAGAAACACAAGGAGACUCUGCGGGCACAAACUGAAACACUGAGAGUGAACACGAUCCUGAUGAGGGAGAAGGUGAAGGUUUUCCAGCUGGUUGAUCGAUACGCUGAGCUCACGGUCAUUUCUACUGUUCGAGAUCGGAGACUGGUGGAACAUGAGCUACUGGCAAGAGGCAGAGACCACGAGGAGUGGAGAGAAAAACAUCUCUGCGGAGAGCUGGAGAAACUUCAGAUGGAUCAGUUGUUCCAGAGCAGCUUUUCCCAAACUAACUCCAAAUCUGGGAGUUCAGCAGUGGCCGGAGUCCCAGGGAUUGGGAAAACAACAAUGGUACAAAAGAUUGUUUACGACUGGGCCACGGGGAAAAUAUACCAACAGUUCCAGUUUGUAUUCAGUUUCAAAUUCCGGGAUUUAAACACCAUUAACUGUAGAAUAAACCUGAAGGAACUGAUUCUGGAUCAGUAUCCUUACUUUGGGAAUAUCCUGAGAGAGGUCUGGAAGAACCCAGAGGGAUCGCUGUUUAUAUUUGAUGGUUUGGAUGAAUUCAAUGACCAAAUUAAUUUUUCUGACAGUCGGAGAGACACGGAAACUCGGUACACAUGCAUAGAUCCUGAAUACAAGUGCAAGGUGUCUGACAUUGUGUACAGUUUAAUCCAGCACAAGCUGCUCCCAGGGUGUUCAGUGCUGGUGACCACCCGUCCCACUGCGUUACAUUUAUUGGAAAAGGCUGAGAUCGGUACCGAAGCUGAAAUCCUGGGAUUUUCAGGUGAGGAACGGAAGGAAUAUUUCAUCAGACAUUUUGAAGAUCAGACGGUGGCGGCAGCUGUUUUCAAACACGUGAAGGAGAACGAGAUCCUGUACACCAUGAGCUACAACCCCUCCUACUGCUGGAUCCUCGCUCUGACACUGGGCCCCUUCUUCACACAAAGAGUCAGGGACCCGCAGCGAGUUCCCAAGACCAUCACCCAACUGUACUCCUACUAUAUUUACAACAUCCUGAAAAACCACGGCCGUGAGAUUGAGAACCCCCGUGAUGUGUUACUCAGGGUUGGUCAGAUGGCCUUCAGAGGAGUGUCCGAGAGGAAGAUUGUGUUUACAGAUGGAGAUUUGAUCAAGUACAAUCUGCAGCCUUCCCAGUUCCUGUCCGGGUUCCUGAUGGAGCUUUUGGAUAGAGAGGAUUCUGCCCGGAGCGUGGUGUACACAUUCCCACACCUGACCAUCCAAGAGUUUGUAGCUGCAGUCGCACAAUUCCUGAAUCCAGAUGGCAGAGAUAUUACGAAACUCCUCACUGAAGCCCAUUGCGUGAGGGAUAGGCGAUUUGAGGUAUUUCUCCGUUUUGUUGCUGGUCUCUCCAACCCAAUGACAGCUCGGGGCCUGGAGGAGUUUCUGGGUCCAUUUCCCAAUGAAACAACCUGCCGGGUGAUUGACUGGGUGAAGGAGGAGGUUAAACGCCGGAGUGGAAACACAGAGAGUGAAGCUGGUAAAAGGAGCCUCCUGAACACAUUGCACUACCUGUUUGAGUCUCAGAAUCGUCGACUGGCUCAGGCUGCACUGGGAUCUGUGGAAAGGUUUUCACUCACUGGAAUGACACUGACCCCGAUUGACUGCGCAGUCCUGUCUCAUGUCAUCGGACUCUGUGAUACAAUAAAACAGCUCGACCUGGAGAACUGCCACAUUCAGUGUGAAGGAAUCCAGCGGCUGGGACCCGGGCUGCACAAGUGCCAGGAGUUGAGACUUGGGCAUAAUGAACUGGGAGAUUCAGGAGUGAAACUGGUGUCUGCGGCUCUAAGGAACCCGGAGUGUAAAAUACAGACACUGUGGCUGAACCGUGUCGGUCUCACAGAUUCUGGUGCCGAGGAUCUCGCCUCCGCUCUCAGUACAAAACCAUCACUGACGGAGCUGGACCUGAGAUCAAACUCUCUGACAGACGGAUCUGUCCCCGCUCUCCGCCGCCUCAUACUGACCCUCCCGAGUCUGGAGCGGAUCUGGCUGGUGGGGAAUCGGUUCAGUGAGACCGGGGAGAAGGAACUGAGAUCUCUACAGGAACCCAGACCCGGACUGAGAGUGGAUCUGUGGACAUUUGGCCGAUUCCUUUAACCUUUAUCUUACCUGGAACCCAGACCCGGACUGAUGGCGGAUCUGUGAACCUCUGAAUGUGUGAACAUCCCCGCCCGCGGGAUGGGGACAUUUGGCCGACUCCCCGCCCUCCCCUUUAACUCCCGCCCUUACCUUUAACGGCCGCGCGCCGGGGCUGAUUCCCAACGGUUUUAACGGACCCGGCUCGGGCCUCGCGCUGCGUGCGUCGAUCGGAGCGGUCCCGCAGUGACGUGUUUCCGCCUGUUGUCCGGCGGGACAGCUUCCGCCGGAAGUGCGUGUACGAGACACCGACGUGACUCCCCGGGGAAUUACCCGGACAGGAAGAGCCCGGGGUCCGGGGCUCAGUCUGGGACACUGGUGUCCCGGGGUGGGGGGUAUGAUCCCGGGAGAGAAUCCUUUUGCCCCCUUUGAUGAGGACGGUGCAUUCGGCAGCCUGGCCGAUAUAAUGAUGUUAAAUGGACAAAUCCCUCGGCAGUGACCCUGGAUCUGUAGCGAUCCCGGACACGGCCCAGAAGUGUGAUUUUAUAAUCAUCGGUUCCCCGAUGCAGAGUGACGGUGAGAAACGGGACUGAUUAUUCAACCGGUCACUCCUUGUCGCCGGUCAGUUAAUUGUGUGUGACUGUGAGUGAGUCGGGAGCAGCUUAUUUAUUCCCGCACGUCAGCAGCUCACACAUUGUUUCAUUUACAUUUGUCAUAAUGGAAUCAAUAAACCGCUGUA